CACUUGCAACUGUUCUCAAACAAAGCGAGGCGUUCGAGAAAGAGAGGAGCGAAUGGAAGGACAAGGCAUCCCGAUCAUUCGGGAACAAGCGUUCCCGGUCACUUUCUCGGUCCCGAAUGAAAGGUAGAGCGAGACCACCGAACAAGGUGGGAGAAGCGGAAAGCGAGCUUCCGUUCAGCUUUGAUGUAAUAGCUGCAUCUGCUUUUCAUGGAAAUCAGUCAUUGAAGCCAAGUAUACACUUCGCGAAAACUCCGACAACUUCUAGAACUCAUACCGCGACAGGUACAGGUACGAAUACAACUAGCACCGGGCUUAAUACUACGUCUACGCAUUCGCGGAACACGAGCAAUGCGAGUCGAGGUGCUGGGUCAGGGACUUCGCGAAGUAAUGGCCAUGCGCGGAAGGAAAGUUGGAGUAAGGCGAUCAAGAGUGCUAAGCAUACUGCGAAUGCCACCGGGUUAUGCGCUUUCAAUGAAGAUCUCUCACCAGCGGACGAGAAGGUUAUUGCCCUUGAUAACCGACUGCAACAGGAUCGGACAAGAUAUGUUCACGGUGGUUCCCAUGACAGCCCCAACGAUCCCGGUGAAAGUGAUGUUGUCCUCAUCACGGCGCAGGCUUCAAAGCGUCUUGACGCGAGUCAGCAGAACGCGAACGGCCUGAAUCUGUCUCCAGUACCUUCGAAUCGCAGUGGCGACUCAACGGGCAAUUCAGGAGUCGGGAUCGCUCUUUCGACGCCCACUGUGCUGAUUGAGCAGCCCUUCCAGUUCGCUGACCACCCUUACGCAAAUGGAACGCGACAAUCUGAGGACAUGCCACGUCCUGCGGAAUAUGCUGGUCCUCAUCCUUCGAGAAUGGCGGAUUUCGCGAUGAACGAGACAGCUCUCAGUGAUGUCAGUGUCCGACAUCGCAUGCCUAUGGCUGCAUCUCGGCCUCGUUCAGACUCGCCACCCCCAGUCCAUCCCUACGCCACUGCAGACGCUCGUUCAAGGCCAACUCUCAAGGUUCCACUACAAAGUAUACCACCGCCAAAGAAGAUGUUUGCUGAUGUCGGCACUGGUUCCAUUCGCGAGGUUAUGCCUGAGGAAAUCCAGUAUUCACCAUACUCCGCGCAGUAUUCUGCAGCGAGCUCGAAGCGGAAUAGUGAACUCGGUGUUGAAGAAGCGCUCAGCGUUGCGUUCAGGCGCGGACGCACCGGUGGGGCGCAAGCUGAGGAGCAAGUGUCCAGUGGAGUGGAUGAGACUAGCGAAACUGAAGACUUUGGUUCGGGGUCGGGCGUGCAAGAGCUCAUCGUUCCUCCUAUUUUCAGGGAGGGUUCUCCACACCGAGGAGAUGUAACACCGCGAGCUGACGAUAAUUCAGUCCGAGAUGCAUGGCAGAACUCUCAAGACGAGGAUAAUGUUGGCAAUCUUGUGGUUCCGACGCCAAUGUCUGCCGCUUCUUACAAGCUUAACUCUUCUCCGGCUCAAAUGUCUCUCGAUUCUUCACCAAUGGCAUCUCCACGUCAAUUCAAGAGGUUCGAUGAUAUGGAAGAUUAUAGUGACCUUUUCUACAGACCAGGACAGCAAUCAACUGUAGCUGGAAGUGCUCGUGGUAGUUCUGGUGAACCAACCCCACCUGGCGAGCUCGUACGCACACUGAGUUCGGGAGGCGAAAGUAGUAGCCCUCAAAGACCGAUGCUCGCUAGGAGUAACUCGGCAUUGACAAACUUGCGACGCCAACUCAGCGAGGAAUACGGGAGCAAUUCGGACGAUCGACAGGUACUAAGUGGUGAUCUGUCCCUACAUAGACAUGGGCAUGUCAGCGAUGUUCUUGAGGUUGAUGAGGGUGAUGACGAAUUGCACGCUGUACUUUCGCAAGGGUCGUCUCCACCUGGAGCUAGUUUGCCACUGAGACUCCAGACGGCUCAUGCUGAAAGUCCGGGACCUGAAGGUGCUAUCCCGGAAGACGUUGAGUCGUCUCGUGCAUCGUCGAUUUUGGAGCGGUUUGAGACGGAAGAUGGAACUGAGAUUUACUAUCAUUUAGGUGAAGUGCCUACUCUUACCACUCCAGACCCUGUCACCGCAUCAAACGUGCAUCGGGCCUCCGCGCACGGAUCGUACAUCGAGAACACCCCUCGAAGCGAACUCCAAUUACUCUCCCCAAUCGAGUCUAUAGCACCCGAUCGUCCGUCUCGUCCCAGUCUCCUACCCCCGAAGUCCGCCACUACCUCCUCCACAACGCGAGGCAGCUAUUCAACAUCCAGCGCCUCGCACAUGUCCCAACUCUCUGAAUUCCCCGCUCCACCCGGUACAACCUCCUUAACUCCUGGUACCAUAAUCCAAUCGUAUUUCGGAAACACUCCAGAAGCUACCGAACGAGGAGAUCCUCUGGCUGGCUCGGAGUCUCCUCUCGAACGGAAGCACCUUCACCAACAGCAAUCGCAACAGCAACAGCAAGAGGUGCGCCGUAGUAGACGCACGACGUUUGGACCUGUACCAGACGAUGACGAAUCGGAUUAGCUGUAAUACUAAUAUCGUAUGUCGUGUGUUUAUAUUUGUUGUUAUUGCUAUCCAGAGACACCUACCCCGUCGUUAUACACUUACCUUUUUGUCGUCUUGUCGUUUCUUUGCUUCGGCUAUAAUUGUCGUCGCUUUUUUUUCUUAAUUCGCUUCGCAGCUGCAACUCGCUUUCACGUUCACGCUUUCCACAAGUUCUUUCUUUUCUCUUUCAGUUACCACAAUUAAUCCGGAGUUAGCUGUAUAAUUGUUGCACUGUAUAAUUUCGUCCUGGUUUUCUUCUCCACUUCACGCUUCUUCCGUUUUCUAGUAGUACUAGUAGUAGUUAUUCGCUUUACUGCAUACCUCUAUUAUGCAUUUUUGAUCCC